AGGCUUCAUAAGCUGUGAAAAAGUUAAAAGAAAGAGUAAAAGUCCGCUAUUACUUUGUAUGAAUGUGUGAGAGAGCGAUAGCUGGCAUUUAUGGGGUUAACUGUGUCGGAGAGAGGAGAGAGACGUGCGUCAUGACGUCACGGUGCAGCGGCGUUGCAGGUACGCAAAACUCUGUGUGGGAGAGGAGAGAACGCACCGUUCGGUUGCACGAGGAACGCUCUGAUUGGAAAAUAUCUAGAAGUAGUUAAAAAACACCGCGAGCUGACUCAACAGUCCACGGUUGAUGUUGCCCGCUCGGCGGUCAGGUUUUUGUGAAGGAUUUGAAUUGGUGACGCUCGAUGUCGAGGGGACAUCAGCGACACCGGUAGUCGACGAUAGAUAGGAGACCAGCACUGGAUAGCCACCAGGCGGCUUCCAGACAUCCGCUGGAGAUAACCAGAUGGCGAGCCGGAACUAAGGAACAGAGUCAACUGAACUACCUCCCAAACCUGCGGUGUGGUAGGAAACACAAAGAUCAAAGGGCCCCAACGAUACAAACUGAGCUCAUAUCAAGGAAGAGAAGACCAUAAAGACAUUUCUUUCUAUUUCUAUUUUAUUUUGCGCGCAUUUUAUUAUUUUCCAUGUUGAAAAUUGUUGUUAACAAUACAGUUUUGAAAUCAUAUUUUGUGUGAGUGUGGUCAAUGUUGAUGUUCCAUUCUGGGCUCCAUGAGCGUUAACCUAGAAUCCUGGUAACUGGUCCAACUGUGAAUUGAAACCGAAACCCAAAUAUACCUGUAACCUCAUAAGGCAAAGAGGGGUUACAGUAAGUGGCGAGCCAGCCAGGAGCCCAGUUAGGUGACAUCAAUAUUGCUUUAUUCAAACAUGGAUUUUAUCCAGAGGUCAAGUGUUAAAAUUCCCAACGCAGUCAUCGUUGAUGGAAUAACUGAGUCAGUUCAGGUUGAAGAAGUGAUUGAUUUCCUUAAGAAGUAUGGUGCCAUUCAGCGCACUCUUUUGGUUGAGGAUGAGUCUUCUGAUCUACACAAAAACCUGAUCGUCGAGUACGCUAGUGGCUCAGCUGUACAAGCUAUGCAGUCACUUUUACCAUACAGACACACACUAAAAAGUGAUUCAAAUGUUGUGUACAAUGUUGAGGCUUUAAGUAGUGUUUACACUUCUAAGCUAGGUAGCAGUGCUACAAAAACUUACCUGACAGAGCUAAAAGAGCUAGCAAAGCUAAGCGGCAAAGACUACGAAGCAGUCUUAAGAGAGAUGAUGAUGCAUAUCGGUAGUGAUGUUGAAAGCAUGCAAUCUGCAAACGAGCCGUCGCCUCUAGUACUCGGUGAGUUUCCUGUAGAGUCCCCACAGCCCACCAGUCCUUUCUCAGGUCCCCCUCAGGAUGACAGUGGUGAAAACAGUGCUAUGUCAGCACCAGUUGUUGAUCAAAGAAGAGUCCUAUCCCUUUCUGCGAGUGACGUCAAUCCACCAGAGGUUCAGAAAGUUGUGGUUGAACACAUUGUGAGGAGGGGGGAUGCAGGUUCUUCCUCUUCAUUCCCAGUCCGACUUCGCUCAUUUUCAGGGAAAAUUCCCAGACCGAAUAGUGAAGUGGACUAUGAUACUUGGCGUUCGCACAUUGACCUUCUCUUGAAUGAUCCCAGUAUGUCUCCUCUUCAAGUGUCUCGAAGGAUCUUGGAGAGUUUGCUUUCACCUGCAGCAGAUGUGGUAAGAGGCUUGUGCUCCAAUUCAUUGCCUUCAGCCUAUUUGCAACUUCUAGAUUCUGCUUUUGGUGCAGUUGAAGAUGGAGAAGAGCUGUUUGCUCAAUUCAUGAGUACUCUCCAGGAUCCAGGCGAGAAGCCAUCAGCUUACCUGCAGCGGUUGCAGCUCACGCUCAACCAGGCUGUUAAGAGAGGGGGGGUCGUACCAGGGGAAGUAGGUAAACACCUCCUCAAACAGUUUUGUAGAGGAUGCUGGGACACUGCUCUGCUCUCUAGUUUACAACUUGAGCAGAAGAAAAAUCUUCCACCUCCGUUCUCAGAGCUUUUGCUAAUGCUACGUACUGAGGAGGACAGACAGGCAGUAAAAGCUAGUCGCAUGAGGAAGCAUGUAGGUUCCACAAGGCAGAGAGUUCAGCUCCAGUCACAAAGUAGCUGUAUUGUUGAGCCAACAGAGAACCCAGAGACCCAGCCCAGUGCUAUUGACGAUCUUAGGAAGCAGGUAGCUAGCCUCCAGAGUCAGCUAACCACCUUAAUGGCUCAGAGGACGCCUGGGGGGUUUAGUGAUAGAGGGGCUGCAGGAAAAACACAAAGCAGAGUGUCAACAUCACACAGUACAAAACCAGACAUGACGAAACAACCAAGAAAGAACUACACAAACAAACCCAGACCUUGGUAUUGUUUUAGUUGUGGGGAGGAUGGACACGUAUCAACAUUUUGCACCAAUGACUCAAACCCGACUUUAGUGACUGAAAAGAGAAAAAAAUUAGAGGAAAGACAGCACAGGUGGGAACAACAGAACCGCCCUGACUUACCUUUAAACUAGAUUCAGUCUCUGUCGUGGGGCAGACAGGG